CCUUCCUCUUCUAUAUCCAAUUCCAGACCCAUUUUGUUCUGAUUUUUUUUUCUGCCAUUUGACUAACGAACACGAGUACUACGGUAUUUUGAUGCUACCUCAGACAUCGCACCUUGAACAAAAUCCAAGUUCCAAUGAGCAUCAGCGGUCACCACGCCUCGUUACCCUCAUCCCACAUUGACUGACCUUGAAUUCCUUCGAAGCUUUCCAAAACAAUGUCUUCGGACGAGGACUCACCGAAUUCCCUUUGGUUGAAAUGGACAAAAGAAUGGCUAGACACAGCCAGAGAGCGUAAUUCCAAAGGCGUCACAACGUACAGGCAUGCCUACAACAGCCUCAAGGCAUGUCCUAUUGCAUUUACGCACCCUUCGGAGCUACAGCAACUCAAGGGCUGGGGUCAGGGGCUUUGUGGUCGCCUGGCAGAACUCUUGAGGAAGCAUUGCGAUGAAAAUGGUCUUCCCAUGCCGGAACACCCGUCAAAGUCCCGGUCCCGGACGCUGAACGAGUCUGGAGGCGAGCCGUCAGAGACGGGACCGGCAAAGAAAACACGAAAAGCCAAGGAGUAUGUACCGGCGUACAAGUCGGGCGCAUAUGCCCUGAUCAUGGCACUAUCUACCCUUGACGAACAGGCACAAGUCGGGCUGUCAAAGGCCGAUCUGAUUGACAUCGCGCAACCGCACUGUAAUGCCUCUUUUAAGGUCGGCGAAGAUGCGGCAUCGUUUUACACGGCAUGGAACUCAAUGAAAACACUGCUUCAGAAGGAGCUUGUGUAUGAGAGAGGCCGACCAACGAAGCGUUAUGCCUUGACGGACGAGGGAUGGGAAGUGGCAGAAAGGGUCAAAGCUGCCGCUGCAGCUCGUGAGAAUGAUUUCGAGGUUGCGCCGCCUCAGCAACCUGUGGCGACCGCUACCGGAUCUACGACAGUAGAUGAGGACAUGGAAGACGCACCGCCUCCAGCAGCGCAACCCCAGUCCCAAUACCGUGAUCUGGUAUCCGAAGGUCAAGUUGUCGGGGACGAUGCGUCUUUGCCCACUUUUACACCCAUUAGGUUACCGCCUGGCUCAUUUCAAGUCCACCUGGUCCUAGAUGUUCGUGAAAUCAGGACCAAAAAAGACCGAGACUACAUGAAAGAUCAACUUACACAAAAGGGAGUCACCCCCAUAAUGCGCAGUCUGGCACUGGGCGACGCCAUCUGGGUCGCCAAAUGUACGGAUCCAACUUUGCUCAACCGCGCUGGUGUCGAGGGUGAAGAGGGCAACGAGAUUGUUCUGGACUACAUCGCAGAACGUAAAAGGCUCGAUGACCUUAUCAGCAGUGUCAAGGAUGGACGAUUCCAUGAGCAAAAGUUCCGUCUCCGGCGAUCGGGGCUACGUAACGUGAUUUAUAUUGUAGAGGACUUUUCUCUUGAUACUUUGAACUCGUCUCGCUAUGAAGAGAUGGUGCAGUCGGCCAUGGCAUCCACACAGGUCGUGAAUGGCUAUUUUUUGAAGAGGACUCAGAAGAUGGACGACACCGUCACGUAUCUCGCUCGGCUAACCAAGCUACUGAAGUCGCAGUACGAAAGCAGGACUAUAAAAGUCAUUCCAACAAACGUCCUGACGGCACAGAAUUACCUGCCUCUGCUGGCUCAUCUGCGACAAGAGAAAGAGAUGAAUGCUGCAGCCUCGGCAGGCCUCUCAAGGUCAGAGAAGAGCUUUUACAUCAGCUAUCCGGCUUUUGCAUCUCUCGCUUCGAAGUCGGACAUGAUUACCCUGCGUGACGUCUUUCUCAAGAUGCUCAUGUGCACCAAGGGCAUCACGGGCGAAAAGGCGAUGGAGAUUCAAAAGCGGUGGAAGACCCCCUUGGAGUUUGUGAAAGCAUAUGAGGAAUGCGGCCCCGGAGAGGUUGGCAGGAAGCGGAAAAUUGAGCUGGUAUCUAGCCAGAUGGCCAACCUGGUAGGCCGCAAGAAGGUUACCAAGGCUUUUAGCCAGAAGCUCGCUGAGGUCUGGGGUGAUGUCUGAGCCACAGGAUCUUUGGCUGCUGUUCGAGAUUUAUGCUUUAGGGCGAGCAGGACAUCAACCACAUCAUCAGCAAUCAAACGGAUAUGAACAACAAGCGGUAUUGUUGUAUCUUCAUUCUACCAAGAGAAAAAGAUAGCCAAUGAUUCCGGAUUGGCCUUAUGCGUCACUCUUGUUGAGAGAGCUCAAGUAUCCAGCCAUACUCUUCUCAGCAUACUUGGCCAAGACGUCAACCUCGACAUUGACAGUAUCACCAACGUUCUUCUGCGCCAGGACCACACGUUCCUGCGUGUAAACGAUGAGCAUGACCUCCCACCACCCGGCAGCGUCGUCGACCUUAGUAACCGUCAAGCUGGUUCCGUCCAAUGCGACAUAACCCUUUCGCACGAUGUACUUCAACACAUCGCUACCCUCCCGUGGCUUGAACCGCAUCGUGACGGCGUUACCAUCUGCCUGCUUGUCGGCUAUGGUGGCGGUCGUGUCGACGUGGCCCUGUACAAAGUGACCGCCCAUGCGAGUGUCGGCCCGCACGGCUCGCUCCAGGUUCACGCGCGAGUCCUUGACCAGGUCGCCCAGGUCCGUGACGCGCAGCGUCUCCGGGGCAACACCGACUGUGAACUGCGUCGGCGUGAAGGAUGUGACGGUCAGGCACACACCGUUGACGGCGAUGCUAUCACCGUCGUGGCAAUCCGAGAGCAGGCUGCUGCCCGUCGGGAGCGAGAUGGUCAAUGACGUCCCUCCAGUGGCAUCGUGCGGGUUGAGCUCGGCCACGACUUGAGGAUUGCGGCUUGCAUUGUUAGCUUUAUCAGGCUGCCACCGGCAGGGGAAUUGUAAUGACUCAUCAUAGGAGUUUUAUGAAAGGGAAGAGAGGAAACCCCAAGAUAGAUGAACAAUUUGACAGGCAUCGCUAUACGCACCUCCGAUCUCCUCGAC